AUGGCGGACCAAGUGUUUUAUGGUGAACUAGCGAUAUUAGGUCUUAAUGGUGCUUUGGCUGAGUCUGGAAAUACUGCACGACACACAUCUAAAAUAUCUUUGUUCAAACGUCGUGAAGCAAAUGGAGUUCGACCUGGACCCGUGAACAAGGUUCCUAAAGCUAGAAACUCAGUCGCAGUGACAAAUCGGAAUACACCUGCCAUCUCGUUUACUUUAUCGAGGAAUGUUACAGUAGUUGUAGAAUAUGUGCCUGAUCCUAAAGUGGACAUGUUUCAGAUUGGUCGAAGUACUGAUAAUCACAUAGAUUUUGUUGUAUCCGAACCAAAACCGUCAGUUAGUCAAAAUGAUCAGCAGCACGUCAAUCAUAGUAUUAAUAAUAACAAUAAUAAUAAACAGUGUAAAGAUAAUUCAAAAGAUCCCAAUCGUGGUAAUUAUGAAAGUGCAGUUUCACGUUUUGCUUGUCGUAUUCAUAUUGAUCGUGAUCCACCUUACACUGCUCGUUUAUAUGCAGCUGGAUUCGAUGCAUCAAAUAAUAUUUUUUUAGGGGAACGUGCUAUAAAAUGGAAGUGUGACAAUUCUAUGGAUGGUUUAACAACAAAUGGUGUCAUGAUGUUACGGAUUCCUCCAGCCAAAAUUAUUGAACAAACAAAUGAAGCUUCAGAUCGUGAUUCUAAUAUUCGAUCACAAUGGCGUGAAGUUAGUGUAUGUGGUUCUGUAUAUGAAAUGCGAAGUAAUCGUUGCGUACCAACUAAUUUGGUUAAAGAAGAUAAUAUUCUCACUGAUAUGACAAUCAUAGAUCUAUGCGGAGUAACUUUAUUAUGGCGAUCUAGAUCAGGAUUAAAAUAUACAGCUUGUCCAGAGGAUUUAAUGAAAAUGAUCAAUGGAUUGAAUCAAGCUCAUAUUCAAUGUCCUGUCCUAUAUCGUACAUUGAAACUUCCACUUUUACCUCAAAGUACUUAUUUUUCACCUCAUUCUGACGUAGUUAAUAUGGAAAAUAACAAUGGGAUAUUAAAUAACGACAAUGCACUAUCUAAACUAGAAUCAGAUCAAAUUAGUCCUGAUCAAAUGCCUUAUGUGUAUGUAAGCUGUGGUCAUGUACACGGUUGGCAUAAUUGGCAUGCAGUUGGUGAUGUAAAUAGUCGUCGAACAUGUCCAUUAUGUUUACAAGCAUCAUUGUUUAUCCCAUUACGUAUGGGCAUUGAAUCAGCAUUCUAUGUUGAUCGUAGUUUAGCUACGCAUUGUUUUAAUCCUUGUGGACAUAUUGCUUCAGAAAAUACUGUACGAUACUGGUGUAGUUUACAAUUAUUAAAUCGAUAUAAUUUUGAAUUACACGCAAGAUGCCCAUUUUGUUUGACACAAAUACAUUCAAAACCAGUGAAAUUAUUAUUUCAAAGUGAUUUAUCAGAAGAAGAAUUUUUGGAAUUAAUUAAAGAACAAUUAUACGUGCGUACAUUAAAUAUGGAAAAAUACGAAACAUUAUCACGUCCUAUCCAUAAAAUAAAUAAUAGAUCAUCAAAAAUUAAUUCAUCACAAUCCCAUUCCAUUUCUAAUAAUAGUAAUAAUAACAGUAAUCAAGAAUCUGCUCAUUCAUCUUCGUCUUCCCCUCCUCAUCCUCAUCUUACAUCUUCU